GUUGUUAUUCUUUUUUUUUAAAAAAAAAAAAAAAACAUUUAUAAUGCACGGGAGCAGAGUGGUGGUCUAAUCCUGACCGAGUGGUCUUCUCUUUGUCAGGCGUUUCCCUCUCUUUCUCCUUCUCCUAAUGUUUAUUUUAAAGUCAUGCUGGCUGCCUUGUGCAACAUCAGUCAAAAAACUGUGACAACUGAUAUGUUCCCAGGGUCUGCUUGGAUGUUAAUUACGUUAUUCAUUUUAGAAUCCUAAGCCCCCAUGUCAAAUAUUCUUACAAGUGUAUACACACUGGUCAGUUUAUCUAAGCUUAAAUAUAUGCCUUCUAUUAAACAAAGUGAAUCUUUUUAUUAUUAUUAUUAGACGGACUUGGAUCAACAUGCGCCUUCAAUGAAACACUAAAAAAAACGUAACUGGCAAACGAAAGCUGAAAAGCAAAUUCAACAUUUUUGAACGUUUAACCCUCAUUCAGUAAAGCAGAUUUCAAAGGACCACGAGGUGCUUUACGAGUGCAGGAGCUGCAGGUUGCUGUCCUUUGUACGAACGUUUAAUUUAACUCGAAGAAAUCGGACCUCUGCUGUCCUCCUGCUCUUAUUUGUCGUUCCGUUCGCGUCUCCUCUCCACGACGUUCACGGUGUCGUGUUGUCCCGCCGUACUUUGCGGAUUGUCUGUCACUCCAUUGACUAACCCCGCCUCCCCGUAAUUCAAAGCUGAAAGGGGCCGCGUACGCCUGCGCGAGUCGUGUCUGAGUCGCGUAUGGAUGACGUCACUGCACGGCUAGUUUCCUCUUCCCGAGCGCUUUAAUAUCCGUGCUGUUCGGACUUCUCUCCGUGUUAGAAGAAAAAGCUCAAGUGCGGAAGGAAGGUGUUUAACUGACUCUGACCUUCUGAACUAUCUCUCCGUUUCCACACUCUGUCCAGGAGUCACCUUCUCAAUACCGUCGAGGUCUCUAAUCCCCUCCAGGCACCAGCUGUUUAAAUGACAAAAACAAUAGGAUAACAGAAGAGCAAACACCGGGAAGGAAAGAAGAGUUUAACACAGAACAUGGCCUCGGAGAGAGACGAGAGUGUAGACGAGAGACUGGCACGCAUCAAACAAGAGGACUGUGAGUGGGGGGCCCCAGCGGCUUUGUGUGUGAAGCUGGAGGAUGGCGAAGAAGGAGUUUCUGCCGUCAAAGAGGAGACUGUUGACAUUAAAGUCGACGAGUCGGAAGAUUUCCUCGUUGGUCUCGGGCAGCACAAGCAGGAAUCUGGGAGUAUUUUCAGGCCUGCUCAUUCAUCUGAAGGGUCCCAUUCCAGUUCACAGCCUUGGUUCAAUAAUACGGGACAGCUGCCUGCCCAGCAGAACUCUCUGAAUCUGAAAUCGGAGUUUGAAGAGAACGUCACUGACGGAAAUGAAGAGCAGCAGUCAUCUGGGAGUGUUGGGAUACAUGUAAAUGGAAAUGGCAGCCUCUCCAUAUCUUCGUUUGUUCAAAUUUCUCCUCAAUGCAAAUUGCAACACAAAUGGAACGACGAGAAAAUGAAGAAAUCGACAAGCGGAUCAGAUAAUUUGAUGGGAGACUCUGUCCCGUGCAGCUCUGACCCUUCUGGCAACCAAACACAGACAGAAGCCAUCAAUGCUGAUCAACAAGAAGUUUAUGAACAGGUCCAAAUUCACACAGGAGACAAAUGUCAUUGUUUAAAAUGUGGCAAACGAUUCUCAAACAGAAGGAGUCUUAACAUCCACAUGAGCGUUCACACUGGAGAGAAACCCCACUGCUGCUCAGAAUGUGGUAAACGAUUUUCACAGAUUCGUAAUCUUCGGGUCCACAAAAGAAUUCACACUGGAGAAAAACCUUAUGUGUGCUCUCAGUGUGGCAAAAAGUUCUCCACCAGUAGCAGUUUUCGGAGGCAUGCGAAACUUCAUACUGCAGAGAAACCAUACUGCUGUUCUGAAUGUGGUAAAAGCUUUUCCAGUGACAGCAAUCUUUAUAAACAUGUAAAACUUCACACUGGAGAAAAACCUUAUUGUUGUACUGAAUGUGGCAGACAGUUCUCGCAAGCGAGUCAUCUCCAGAGUCACAUCAGAAUUCACACUGGAGAGAAACCUCACUGUUGUCUGGAAUGUGGCAAACGCUUCUCGCAUGUUGGUACUCUUCAUAAACAUAGAAGAAUUCAUACUGGCGAGAAACCUCAUUGCUGUUCCGAGUGUGGGAAAAGAUUUUUUCAAAAAUGCCACCUUCGAGAACACAUCAGAGUUCAUACUGGAGAGAAACCGUAUUGUUGUUCUGAAUGUGGUAAACAAUUCUCCAGCAGCAGUAGGCUUUGUAGCCAUAAAGUAAUUCACACUGGUGAAAAGCCUCAUCACUGUUCUGAAUGUGGCAAGCAUUUUUCAAAAAUCAAGUAUCUUAAUAGCCACAUGCGAGUUCACACUGGAGAGAAACCCCAUUGUUGCUCGGAGUGUGGCAAACGAUUCUCAUACCUCGGCAGUCUCCAUCAACACAGAGGAAUUCAUACUGGAGUGAAGCCUUAUUCUUGUUCAGAAUGUGGGAAGAGAUUCUCGCAACGAUGCUACCUUCAGCAGCACAUCAGAAUUCAUACUGGAGAGAAGCCUCAUUGCUGUUCUGAAUGUGGGAAACGAUUCUUCCAAAAGUGCCACCUCCAAGAACACAUCAGAGUGCAUACGGGAGAGAAACCUUAUUGUUGUUCCGAAUGUGGUAAACGAUUCUCCACCAGCAGUGGACUUCAUAGCCAUAAAAAAAAUCAUACUGAUGAAAAUCCACAUUGCUGUUCUGAAUGUGGCAAGCACUUCUCGGACAUGAAGAGUCUUGAUAUCCACAUGAGAGUCCACACUAAAUCCCAUUGCUGUUUGGAAUGUGGCAAACAAUUCACACAAAUAACCAGUCUUAAGAGCCACCUUCGAAUCCACACAGGAGAAAAACCUUAUUGCUGCUUUGAAUGCGGCAAAAAAUUCUCUUCCUGUAGUAGCUUGCGGAGGCACACACAGAUUCAUACUCGAGAAAGUGUGGCAAACAGAUUUCCUAAUGUGUCUACAAACAUGGAAAGAGUGACGGAAAGCCUUAUUGCUGUUCUGGAGGAGGUACAGGAUUCUAAUUUUAAAGAGUUGACUACUCUUUAGUGAGGAAUCACUUUUGAUACUGAAUGUGGCAAAUGGUUUUUAGAUGUAAAGCAAUUUCAGAUUUACAUCUGUGGUGAAAUUGUACUGUUGUCUAGAAUGUAGCUAAUGAUUUGCACAGAGUAACCUGAAAGUUUUUUGUACUGGAAAGCAACCUUGUUGUUGUCAAUGUUUUAAACUACCUGCAGUCCUCACCAUAUUGGUGUUGUGAAUGUGGCAAGUGAUUCCUAGACAGCAGUGACUUUCAUAGCCAUUAAAAUAGUUUAUACAGGUAAUAAACCAUAACAGUGUACUUAAUGUGGCAAGCAAUUCUCCUGUACCAGCCAUCUUCAGAAAUACACAAGCGCUCACCUUGGAAUGGAAAGACAAAGCACCUAAAAUGUAGAGAAUAUGCUGCACGUGGGACAGAACAAUGAGAAAUUUUGGGUGCCGUGGAACUAAUGACAAACUAAGGAAGGAAGCUUGACUAGGAACGAUGCAGGUGCUACAUGAAACCCUUGCUGAAAACCAAGCAGGCGUGAUAGCUUCAACAGUGCAGCUCUGUGUUAAGACUAAGGAGUGAGGUUCAUGUCUGUGCGAUUGUAUGCACUCGAAACCCCUGUGGAAAAAUGAACCUCCACAAGAAGCCAUACGAUUGUUGUGAAUGUGGCAAACGAUUCUCGCCAAUAAGCAGUUUUUCAGAACGGUUAAUAAUCUGAUACAGUACAGAAGAAUAUCUGCUUUAUCAGACUCGGAACAUUUGGAGGUAUAUCAGCCCAACUGAAACUGGUCUAUGUCAUAAAAUACUAAAUAACAGAAAAGAAAAAUGGAGUAACAGUACUGUAAGAUGAUGACCACACCCUCCAAAGGCAUAAAGGUGAAAAGGUUCAGUGCAAUAAACUAAAGAUACAGACGUGCCGUACGGUGGAGUUCACAGAGUUGUGCCAACUAACGAGAAGUACCAAUACCAACUUGAAAGAACUCUUUGUUGGAAAUGUUUGUGUAGGAGCUGAGCAUCUACAGGAAAGAAUGAACCAGUUCUGGGCUGUUAAUCUGCUGACUAAAGGGGUGGUCUAGGUGAGUUGAGUCUGCAGUGGUCUUACUUACUGUAUUCCUAAUCCUGGCAAUGAAUACCACUUGCCAGUGCCCUUCUCAGCAUAGGAAAGCACUGGUUGUCACCAGAGGAAAUGGGGGAGGCAGAGGGGAUAGAAAACAUCAGAGUGCUCCUGGGGCCUAAUGCAUGACACGGUGCGUAGAAUUCACACUAAAACAUGGCGCAUGGACAUAGACAGAAAUGUGCGCAUGCAGCACAGUAUUCAGCUGGGUAACAUUGUGCGUAUCUGAAUCCUCUCCAGACAGAGGAGCAGCUUGAGUGACAGAUUGCUGUCACCGUCCUGCUCCACUGACAGACUGAGGAGACCCCACACUAUGCGACUCCUCAUUUCCACACCGGGGGGUAAACGGUAACCUUAUACAGAGUUAUUGUCUGUCUGUUAUCACUCUUUAAUUUAAUAUUGUUUUGUAUCAGUAUGCUGCUGCUGGAUUAUGUGAAUUUCCCCUUGGGAUUAAUAAAGUAUCUGUCUAUCGAUCGAUCAUUUCACUUCCCCUUUGUCAAUCCCAAACAAGGUGAAUUAUAAGGCGCACGCCUGGGGCUCCACUCCGACUCCUCCCAGAAUUUCAUCCAUUUGAAUAUGCAAAUCAAUAUAAA